CGCUGCGGGAGCCGGGGGGGGGGCCGGCCCCGCUUUGCAAAGGGGCUGCGCCCCGGAGCGGGGGCGGCUCCCGGCCGUGUCCCCUCCCCGCUCCGCUCCGCAGUGCUGCCGCCGGAGCCGCCUUGCGCCCAGCUUAACUGAGCCCGGCCCAGCAGAGCUCAGCCUAAACCAGAGCGGGGCGGGGAGAGGCCGGCGGUGCCACGGCCCCGCGGGACCCUGGCCCAGCCUGGCUGAAAGCACCAGGUUCCCUUCAUCAGCAUCGCUGCUAUCUGAGGGCCCGGGCAGACGAGCCAAGUGAUUGAGACUGAGUCAGUGCUCGCCGGUGGUGUGCCCAAACUCGGUCCCUGGGUCCCCUCAGCAGCCAGCGAUGACCGACGCGGUGGUGGGUGGCAGCUCUGACCGGUGGAUGUGCCCCAGCGACAGGACCAUGUCCCUCCGGGCCAGCAGCGAGAAGGAGCAGCUCCCCGCUGGCUGGGCAGCGCGGGGCGGCCAGCCCGAGCGGCAGCGCAAGGGCGAGGAGCUGACGGACGAGGAGAAGGAGAUCAUCAACCGAGUCAUCGCCCGGGCCGAGAAGAUGGAGGAGAUGGAGCAGGAGCGCAUCGGGCGCCUCAUGACCCGGCUGGAGGACAUGCGCCGGAGCGUGCUGGGGGACGGGGUGAACCGCUGCAUCCUCUGCGGGGAGCAGCUGGGGCCGCGGGGGUCCGCCUGUGUCGUCUGCGAGGACUGCAAGAAGAACGUCUGCACCAAGUGCGGGGUGGAGACCAGCAACAGCCGGCCCCACGCCAUCUGGCUCUGCAAGAUUUGCAGCGAGCAGCGGGAGGUGUGGAAGCGCUCCGGCGCCUGGUUCUUCAAGGGUUUGCCCAAGCAAGUGCUGCCCCAGCCGAUGCCCAUCAGCAAGAACAAGGGACCCCAAGCCCCGAGUGAGCCCAGCCCGUCGGAGCCACCCGCCCAGGACCCAAAACUCCCCUCCCGUGCACCCACCCGAGGCCAGGCGGAUGCCAGGCCCCCGGCUGAGCAGGACUCCGAUGGCAGCGACGUGCCGGCGGCUGCCCGGGGGAGCUACGCGGUGCCCGGCCGCAAACCGGCCGAGGGCAGGCUGGGCCCGUGCGGCAGCGAGCACGCCGGCGGGGACACCGACAGCCGCGACCACGCUGCCGAGAGCGGGCUCAGCAGGAGCCCUGGCGUGAAGAGGACCAACUCCCUGCAAGCCCCGCGGCCACCGCCACCAGCCACUGCUGGCCCCAGUCCUGCUCCCAGUCCAGCAGCACCCCCAGUGCCACCAGCAGCGGGAAGACCAGGUCCUGGGGUGGCCGGCCGGUUCCCUGAGAGGCAAGCGAGCCCACCGCUGGGACCCCCAGAGCCAGCCCAUGCUGCUGCCAGGGAGGAGCGAGGAGGGGGCUACGCCGUGCCCCCCGCCAGAGAGGAGAGACCAGCCCGGCAGCCCCCAACUUUCCCGCAGCCCCCUGCCAUCCCGCCGGCGCCUGCCGCCCCGCUGCGACAGCCGCCCCAGGAGGAAGAGGAGGAGGAUGCCAAUAGCUACGACUCUGAUGAAGGCACUACGCUGGGAGCACUGGAGUUCAGCCUGCUCUAUGACCAGGACAACAGCUCCCUGCACUGCACCCUCAUCAAGGCCAAAGGCUUAAAACCAAUGGACUCAAACGGCCUGGCGGAUCCCUAUGUCAAACUGCACCUCUUGCCUGGAGCCAGCAAGUCAAAUAAGCUGAGGACAAAGACACUGCGCAACACCCGUAACCCCAUAUGGAAUGAGACCUUGGUGUACCAUGGCAUCACAGAUGAGGACAUGCAAAGGAAAACCCUCAGGAUCUCUGUGUGUGAUGAAGACAAAUUUGGCCACAAUGAGUUUAUUGGAGAAACUAGAGUUUCCUUGAAAAAACUCAAAGCCAAUCAGAAGAAGAACUUCAACAUCUGCUUGGAGAGAGUAAUACCAAUGAAGCGUGCUGGAACGACCGGCUCAUCCCGUGGGAUGGCACUAUACGAAGAGGAGGUAGAUCGUGGCGGGGACGUGGAGGAGCGUGGGAAGAUCCUCGUGUCCCUCAUGUACAGCACCCAGCAGGGCGGCCUGAUCGUCGGCAUCGUCCGCUGCGUGCAUUUAGCAGCCAUGGAUGCCAAUGGCUACUCAGACCCUUUCGUUAAGCUUUGGCUGAAACCUGACAUGGGAAAAAAGGCCAAGCACAAGACACAGAUUAAGAAGAAAACAUUGAAUCCUGAGUUUAAUGAGGAGUUCUUCUAUGAUAUAAAGCACAGUGAUCUGGCCAAGAAGUCACUGGAUAUUUCUGUCUGGGAUUACGACAUCGGAAAAUCAAAUGAUUACAUUGGUGGCUGUCAGCUCGGCAUUACGGCUAAGGGGGAGCGCUUGAAACACUGGUAUGAAUGUUUGAAGAACAAGGACAAGAAGAUUGAACGCUGGCACACCCUCCAAAAUGAGAACCACGUUGCCAGUGAUUAAAGGGAGUCGCUGCCCCAACCUCCCCAACCAGCCCAUCCUCUGCCAAGCCCCUGUAGAUCUCCGAUGUCUGUCUUCCAGUGCAGUCAUGCCUUGCUACAUGCCUCUGGUCCCAGGGCAGCGACACUCUUCUGCCUCCUCCAAGCAUCCUCUGUGCCCUGUCCUCCCACCUGAAAACUAACCCAGAUCUUUUAUAUUUUCUUCCUUUUAUUUUAUUUUUUUUUGGGGGGGGUGAGGUGUCAUUGAAUUAUCCUGGUGUGUAAUUUUGUCAAGCAAUAGUUACCCUCUGACUGUUCCUCUUUCUCACUAGUCUCACGCAGGCUGUGAUAGCGUUCCUGUUGUGUGUGUGUGUGUGUGUGUGUGUGUGUGUGUGUGUGAGAUGCUCUGUGUUCCUCCAGCCUCCGCUCGCGUGGCUCGUCCCAUCACCACCAAUUUGUGUCUCCUUUAUCUCCCAGCGGGACCCGUGGCCACCGGCCCGGCCGUGCUCUCACCCAAUGUAGGGCGGGUUGAGUGCUGGUGUCAGAGCAUCGACCCGUUCUGCUUAUGUGAUAUCGAUACCUCAGCUGCAAUAAUGAAAAAGCUGUUUGGCUUUGUGGGUCGUAACCGUAGCCUGGUAUCUGUGUUGUUGUGAUUAGGCUAAAGCCUGUGUCACUGAUAUAAUCCUGCGAGUCCUGCUUGAGCUUUAGUUCUGAUUCGGUACACUUGAGCAAUAUCGUGGUACAUCCUUUGCUGAGAAGAUCCACCAAUAAUCUAAUAAUGAGAAAUAGGGAGCCACUUUGUGCUCGCAGGGAAACCGAGAUUUGGGUUGGUUUGUGUUCGUUCCCAGCCGCUAUGUGUGGUUCCUUUCGCCCGAGGAACUUGCACGCUCCAUUGCUGUAGGAGCCCACCCGUGUUUCAAGCUUGUGACUACCUCCUCUUCACAUCCUCACUGUGUAGUAGUGGCUAGCUGAACCCCGAGGGCCGGCACUGGGCCACCUCCGACUACCCUUUCGCCGCCCCACGUGCAGGGAGGAAGCCAAGGGAGAAGAUACUUCCCACCAACUAGCUGAUGUAUGCAAGGAGUAUUGCUUUAAAAAAACACAAAUACUGAAAUUAGCUGGAAUGGUUAGAGGCCUUCCAAACUUUGGGGUUUGUGUUGUGUGUGUUUGGUUUUUUGUUGGGUUUUUUUUUUUGUUAACUUUUUUUUUUUUUUUUUUUUCAAAUCUGCACAAGAACCACUGUCUUCAACCUGCGCUUCAAUGAUCGUUUGGAGGUGUUUGAUUUGUUCUCGGUAGCAGGAGAGCCAAGGCGCUCUCAGACUGAUGAUGAUCAGUUUUGGUACUGUUUGCUGUUUCUGGACAACCUCAAGCAUCGCAACGUCAAUAGUAGCACUGCUGGAAUAUAGUGUCGGUCAGCUCCACCCUGCGCAUGGCGUAUGAAACCCAAACCCCAGCCCCUCCGGUUCACGCUGUUGUCCCAUGGUUUCCCUUGCAACCGCUGCUGUAGUCUGCUGGCGUGUGGCGUGUUCUCAAGUCACCUGUACCACUUUCCAAUCAAAUAGGUUAUUUUCCUAGUCUUGAUUAUUUUUAAUUCCCCUCCUUCCCUGAGCAGGGUUUGCUUUGAGUUCUGCCUUGAGCAGGGCUGUGGUUCAGGCUGCUGCCCCAGCGGUGCUGCUGCUGCAGAGCAGCCCUUCCCCAGCCCUGCUCCGGGUCCAGGGCCCUCUGCUCUCCCCCCCAGACACCCCCCCUUGGACCACAGAUGGGGAAAGCAAACCAAAACCAAUGUGGGCAUCCUCUGCUCCAUUCAGCUCUUCCAUCACCCCAGCCUCCGUCCCGCGGCAUGGCCAAGGAGCUGGGAGCUGUUCUGGCUGGGAUGCAUGGAAGAGGGUAAUGGGGGAGGAUGCUCCAAAAGUGGAUUUCCCCUCCCUUUCAUGCAGUUCUUGAUUCUGCACCAGUAAGGGAAACAUCCCAGAGAGCCUGAGCCUUUGGAGGACCCAGACCUGGUUCUUUUGGGUUGUUUCCCUCUGUUUUCUGGGCAGCCAUGCCUGAAACCUCACUGCUCCUGGCUGGGGAGUGUUCAGCUGGAGGAUGCUGCUGUCAUCCCUUCCAGAGGGCUGGACCUGCCCCAAACCUUUGCAUGGCCCUUGCCUCUAUCUCUUGGAGAAGCUGUUAGGCUUCUGAGGUGUGUUGGAGAAAUGUGUGACUGGGAUGAAAUUACUUUUUAAAAAAGAAAAAAAAAAAUCCAAGCAAUUCCUUAAUUUAUUCCAGACCUGCAGCAGCCCAGCCUCCUUUGUGUGUGCAGAACAAUUAAAUUAAGGUUGCCUUUACCCGUGUCCUGUAUUGACAUUCUGCUCAGCCUGCUUUCCUUUCAGAUAAAUGAUACUCAAAUCAUGUCUUUGCACCCAUAAAAAUAAAGUGCAACUUGCCAGUCCCCCUCUCGGUAUUGUGCAAAACCACAGUCCUCGUCUCUGCUGCCCUCUUCUCAGUUUUUCUGAUGGUAAUUUCUGCCCUGAAUGACUUCCUUUCGUUGUAAAUAAAGCAUGCACAUAUGAAUUGGGAAUGGUGCAAAAAAAAAAAAAAAAAAAAAAAAAAAAGCAAAAAAAAAAAAAAGCCUCUUUACUGCUGUUUGCAUUCAAACUCGCAUGCAGUGAUUUUACAGCAAAAUAGCAGUUUACAACUAUUAAGAGAAAAAGAAAAUAUUACACAGGAACUAGAAAUACUCCAGUCUUCCGCUGCAUGCAGCACAACAUCCUCUUGAUGUGGUAUCUAAUAAAGUGAGACUAUUGGAAAAGAAAAAAAAAACAAAACAAAACAACAAAA